CUUUUUCUGACCUCAUUUUUGGGUGUAUUUUUUCUGAGCGAGACAGCGGCUGGCGGCGCCAUAUUGAAAGAGAAAAAUAAUCAUAUUAAACUUGAAAAACGACAAAUUUGCGGCAAUGUUGUACCUCGAGGACUAUCUAGAGAUGAUCGAGCAGCUUCCCAUGGAUCUCCGCGACAGGUUUACGGAAAUGAGGGAGAUGGACCUGCAGGUUCAAAAUGCCACAGAUCAGCUGGAGCAGAAAGUCAUUGAGUACUUUGUCAAUGCAAAAAAGAACAAACCAGAAUGGAGAGAAGAGCAGAUGGAAGUUAUUAAGAAGGAUUAUUACAAAGCUCUGGAAGAUGCUGAUGAGAAGGUUCAGCUGGCCAAUCAGAUUUAUGAUCUAGUGGAUCGUCAUUUACGAAAACUGGACCAAGAACUGGCUAAGUUUAAGAUGGAACUUGAGGCUGACAAUGCAGGCAUCACAGAAAUCCUUGAACGAAGAUCAUUGGAGAUGGACAGUCCAUCUCAGCCUGUGAACAACCACCAUGCCCAUUCCCACACCACAGCUGAGAAGAGAAAAUACACUGCUCCAGCCCAUCACACAACAGAACAUGUUCCUGAGAAGAAGUUUAAGUCUGAGGUGCUGCUGUCCACUCUCACUUCUGAUGCCUCUAAAGAGAAUACACCAGCAGGUUGUCGUACAAACAGCACAUCCUCUACCACCAACAAUGUCUACAGCGUGAAUUCGUCUCAGCCGUUGGCUUCCUACAACCUGAGCUCCCUGCCUGCAGGCCCUGGAGCUGGGGCCGGGGCAAUCACCAUGGCAGCUGCCCAGGCUGUGCAAGCCACUGCACAGAUGAAAGAGGGCAGGAGAACGUCUAGUCUCAAAGCAAGUUAUGAAGCAAUCAAGAACAAUGACUUCCAACUUGGCAGAGAAUUCUCACUCUCUCGGGACAAUGGUGGAUACUCUUCAUCUGCUCUGGCCUCUACACUCACACAGACCCUCACCCCAGCCACAGCUUCUGAUUCACGAGGACGCAAGUCUAAAAGCAGCAUCAAGAAUUCAAACCAUCAGUCAUCCUCGUCAUCAUCAUCUUCGUCACUUUCGUCUUGUUCCUCUUCAUCGGCAUUGGCCCAGGAGCUCUCUCAGCAGGUCUCAGUGCUGCCUGAGGCAGAGGCCAACAGCCAGGUGGACUGGACUUACGACCCCAAUGAGCCUAGAUAUUGUAUCUGUAACCAGGUUUCCUAUGGAGAAAUGGUUGGCUGUGAUAAUACAGAUUGUCCAAUAGAGUGGUUCCAUUAUGGCUGUGUGGGGCUAACUGAGGCUCCAAAAGGAAAGUGGUACUGUCCACAGUGUACAGCAGCCAUGAAGAGGAGAGGGAGCCGUCACAAAUAGUUUAACAGCUCAUCUGUGUCCUGUGUUUGAAUAUAACCUCCAACGUGGUCAGAGGUCAAAAGACUACAUAUAAACUGUGCUAAAAUGACUUUCUGUGCCGUUACUUGUCGGAUCACAGUCACAUGAAAAAAACUACUUGUACAUCUCAGUUAUUUGGGAAAACAUCUGUGCUGCUGGUUUCACAACACUAAAAGUAAAACCUACACGUGACCUUAGUAAACACAUUUACUUGUGAAAUAAAGUUUAAAUGUCCCAGAAGGGGGGAAAAAAGUGUUUUUCAGGUUCACUCCAACUUGGGACUAGUAUUGGUCUGUUAUUGCUUCCUAUGUUUCUCAAUCACAAAUCAGAUUCAUUUAGUUAAAGAUGAUGCAAGUAUUUAUCUAAAAUGUUGUUUACAGAUUGUCUAAAAGUUGGUUAAAUGUCACUGGCAAGCGCCUUGAUCAGAAUAUUUUUGUCUUGACCUACACUUUAUUACAUUAAGUGAAACUAAAACUUAGUCUGUACAAAACCAAAAUGUGCUCAUUCCAGUCAAUUUGAUAAUAGUGAUGUUUUAAAUUUGGUUUAAAAUAUACAUUUCUGCACAACAUAUUUUUGAAACUGUUGUAUGUUUGUGAGUGAGUUAUUGCACUGAAGAUUCCUUCCAGAGGAGAAAAACAGUUGUAUGUUGUUUUUUUUCUACAAUGUUUAAUUAUACUCAUUUCUGUACA